AUGGGACGCAUGCACAACCCCCACAAGGGUAUCGCCGGUUCGGCGUUGCCCUACAAGCGCUCCGCGCCCAAAUGGCUCAAGCUCACCGCCGACGACAUCCAAGACCACAUCUUCAAGCUCGCUCGCAAAGGUCUGACCCCUUCGCAAAUCGGUGUCGUCCUGCGUGACUCGCACGGGGUGGCCCAAGUCAAGUCCGUGACCGGUAACAAGAUCCUUCGUAUCCUCAAGACGAACGGGCUCGCUCCCCAGAUCCCCGAGGAUCUUUACCACUUGAUCAAGAAGGCCGUCUCCGUGCGCAAGCACUUGGAGAGGAACCGUCACGACAAGGACUCCAAGUUCCGUUUGAUCUUGAUCGAGUCGAGGAUCCACCGCUUGGCGAGGUACUACCGAACCAAGUCCCAGUUGCCGCCUACCUUCAGUACGUUUCGAACUAACUACUGCGCGCGGGAAAGACACGUGACCGUUCAACUGAUCGCAUUGCGUGUUCGUACAGAGUUCGAGGCCGCCACCGCUUCGACCUUGAUCGCUUAA